CAUGCGCAAUGAUUGCCGGCUUCUCUUGAGUCGAGCUGAGAGAAGAUGCGGAGGCUAAGCGGCCGGCUCGCACCUACAGAAUAAAUUGGCAAGCCUCUUUUUAUAAAAGUAUAUUCGUUGUCUUGCCUUGUUGUAGUAGUUUCUUGCUCUUGAAAAAGGAGGGGGGAAAAAAAGCCAUUUUAAUGUCGACGGGGAACGGGGGUCCUACCAAGGCGGACGAGGUGUGACGCUGGGAGAUUAAUUGAGCCAAGGAAUAUAAUCUAGCACAAAGGCAACACCAUGGAAGCAGUAACGCAUUUGGUGAAUGACACAGUAGAGUUUUAUAAAUGGAGCCUUACUAUAGCAGACAAGCGGGUGGAAACAUGGCCGCUGAUGUCGUCGCCCUGGCCCACGUUGGCUAUCAGCUGCCUGUACCUGCUUUUUCUGUGGGCGGGGCCUAGAUACAUGCAGGACCGCCAACCCUACACGCUCAGGAAAACCCUGAUCGUCUACAACUUUAGCAUGGUGGUUCUCAACUUCUAUAUCGCCAAAGAGCUCCUGCUUGCCUCCAGAGCAGCCGGGUACAGCUACCUCUGUCAACCUGUGAACUACUCAGACGACGUCAAUGAAGUCAGGAUAGCAUCAGCUCUUUGGUGGUACUACAUCUCCAAAGGGGUGGAGUUCCUGGAUACUGUCUUCUUCAUCCUAAGGAAGAAGUUCAACCAGGUCAGCUUCCUCCACGUCUAUCAUCACUGCACCAUGUUCAUCCUGUGGUGGAUUGGCAUCAAGUGGGUCCCUGGUGGACAAGCUUUUUUUGGUGCAACUAUCAAUUCUGGCAUCCAUGUCGUCAUGUACGGUUACUACGGUCUGGCUGCUUUGGGACCACAGAUGCAAAAGUAUCUUUGGUGGAAGAAAUACCUCACCAUUAUGCAGAUGAUCCAGUUCCACGUGACGAUCGGCCAUGCCGGCCACUCCCUCUACACAGGCUGCCCCUUUCCUAACUGGAUGCAGUGGGCUCUUAUCGGCUACGCGGUCACCUUCAUCAUUCUCUUCGCCAACUUUUACUACCAUGCGUAUCGACACAAACCAUCCAAUGUGCUCAAGGGUCAAGCGAAGCCAGUCACCAACGGCAUCUCAAAGGCUACCAACGGCCACAGCAAAGCGGACGAAGCGGUGCCAGACAACGGCAAAAGGCAAAAGAAGGGACGGCCCAAACGGGAAUAAAGGACUGCUUGCCGGGCGAUGAACAGAAGGACAGUUUAAAGGGACCAACAGCGUGCAAGAAUGAUUGCGCCUCGGCUGCCCAUCGUCUUUCAUCAUUUCUUUUUCAACGCAAGCAAGGCAAAAAUGCUGAACAUGUAGGCUUUCACAUCAUUCUGGCCAAACAUAUUUUGGUUCAGCGUCACCUGGAAUGUUUUCGUAAACGCGCCAACUGAUCCAAAAGUUCACAAACAACUUUCCUUAAAAAGGAGACCAGUCAUGUUUUCUUUGAGAGCUUUAAUAGUCUAAUUCUGCUUCUAUGUAUGAUUAUUUUAUAGAAGGGGUCACCAAACUGAGGGUUACCAUAUUGAAAUUAAAAACAUGCUCCCAAUUCUUAUAUGGUGGUAUUAAUGAUUAAUCACGUGUUCAGUAUAUGUGAAGACAACAGGAAACAUCAAUAUCCAACGCUUUAGAGAUUACAUUUUUAAUGGUCACUUCUUAGGCAUUCCAUGGAAAUUACGAUAUCGGUCCCCAUGUUGGUGACUACUUGAUAUCCCACGAUAAAGUAACAUUGAAUGGGAUACUACCCAUUUUAAAGGGGGACUGUAUGGCAUAUGUUUACAAAUGGUUGCUGUAUAAUGAAAAGCAUGGAUUUAUUUUCUCUGUGUUUGAAUUCACAAGUUAUGUAUUUAUUUUGUUCUUUGAUCUAUUUUUUUCUGUUUGUGUGCUACUGUCAAACUAUGCUUUUCAUUGGACAGCAACGGAAUUUAGCUAUCAAUUUUAAAAUGAUAACUCUUCACUGACAAUAUGUUCAGAUUCAACUCGUCACUGCUGCAUUGAUAGUGUUUUGUUUUAUAACAAAUCAAUUGGGAAAAGUAGUUUUUUUAGCAUUAAUGCCACCUCUGUCAACACUAUUUUUGUGGGUCCUCGUUUUUUUGUUUUGAAUUUUUGCUGUGCGAUGUAGCCGAGAAUUUAAAAAAAAGUGAAGUUGCGCUCCAGGUUGUCUUCUCACUACCACCAAUUAGGUAAAGUCGAAGGGAACCGCUUUCGUGUGAACGGACGCAAAUUGUAACUGCGUUUCAGACCGUUUUGUCGCCGCACUUAAACACCCAAAACAAUAAAGGACUGUGACGGCAUCUUUAUAUUUUUUCUGCUCCUUUUUAUGAGCGCAGAGUGUGUGUGAGAGGUGGCAGGAGAGUUCCAGGCUGCCUUUGACCUGUCCAGACAGAUCUGCCCUAAUCUUUGGGGUAAAUUGGCUUUAGCUGCAAAAGAGCUUACUACGUCACUUCACGGGCUGCCCGUGAAAGGAGGUCACUGGAGGAGAAGCCUUGGCUAAUCUACCAUCAGGUUGCCUCUGGAACUAAGAUGUUCUUGUGUAGGAAAUACUGCAGAACCUACUGUAGUAAAAAAAAAAAAAAAAUGAGGGAACUCCUAAUCCAUUUGUAAACAUGGAGCGAACCUAAAAACUUGACAAUUGGUUUUGACAAAUGAAAAUUUCCAGGACUUUUAGCAGGGGCAUCACUAGGUUUUAAGAACAGGGGUGCUUCGCCCCAGGAGUUGCACAGGACGUAAGUGAGUGUAGCGUACAAGCAAAAUAUUUGUAAAUUGCACAGAUUACAUGUUGGGCACAUAUGUAACAAAAAUGGCUGUAAAUUCAAACCCUGAAAAUACUACUAAUUACUUGAAUUUAGGUCAUAUCUGGGUCAGGCUAAUUUGCCUUUGACAUACACACGCACACAAUCGUAUAUCCAAACACUAUACAUACACAGUACAGGCCAAACGUCUGGACAUAGGUUCUCAUCCAUGGGUUUUCUUUAUUUU